CACGAGGUCAUUUUAAGAGGCAAGAAGAACCAGGACAGUACAGCCUGUGAUGGCAACAGGGUCAAGUCCCUAACAUGAACUGUAUCUAGGAACUCACUGAACCGCAACCAGAAGAUUGAUGAGUUACUUUGAGUAUUUUUAUCCUCUCUCACUGUGGAAUCAAAACCAAAGUACGCUCAUGGGAUAUUCUCAUUAGAAGUUCAAUCAUUUAUGUACCAGCAAAUUCAGAUGUCUGGUGUUCCUUACCAAUAUCACGCUAUAGUCAAAGACCAUAUAUGUUAAUGCAGUGGAAAAAGGUAAAAGACAGUAAUGGUCAUGGAUCGAAAACAUCAGCAGAAGCCGGGCCUGUGAAGUGAAAAACCCGGAGGCCCAUCCAGAAGGGACAGUAAGCAACAGUGCAGGACCAUAUCAUUUUCUCCCUCCCGAUUAAGUACGGAAAUUUACCUGUCAAUUCAGAACAGAGAGACAGCCGUACUAACCCUAGAAAUGAGGCUCCGGAGGACUGCCCUGCCUGCUGGAGGAGUCCAACCACAGAUAAAGGACCAAAAUGACUGACUCAAAAUAUUUCACCACGACCAAGAAAGUGCCCUCUUCCCUGAUGUGGUGAACUGCAUGCAGACCGACAACCUAGAGCUAAAGAAGCUGGUAUACCUGUACCUGAUGAAUUAUGCCAAGAGUCAGCCUGACAUGGCCAUUAUGGCUGUCAACACGUUUGUGAAGGACUGCGAGGACCCCAACCCCCUCAUCCGGGCCCUAGCUGUGCGGACCAUGGGCUGCAUCCGAGUUGACAAGAUCACAGAGUACUUAUGCGAGCCACUCCGGAAGUGCUUGAAGGAUGAGGACCCAUAUGUGCGCAAGACAGCAGCUGUGUGCGUAGCCAAACUCCAUGACAUCAAUGCCCAGCUGGUGGAGGAUCAGGGCUUCCUGGACACCCUUAAGGACCUUAUCUCCGACUCCAACCCCAUGGUGGUAGCAAACGCAGUGGCUGCCCUCUCAGAGAUCGCUGAGUCUCACCCCAGCAGCAACCUGCUUGACCUGAAUCCACAGUCCAUCAACAAGCUGCUGACAGCCCUGAACGAGUGCACUGAGUGGGGCCAGAUCUUCAUCCUGGACUGCCUGGCUAACUACACUCCCAAGGACGACCGUGAGGCCCAAAGCAUCUGUGAGCGGGUCACACCCAGGCUUUCCCAUGCCAACUCUGCUGUGGUGCUGUCGGCUGUGAAGGUGCUGAUGAAGUUCAUGGAGAUGUUGUCCAAGGACCUGGACUACUAUGGUACACUGCUGAAGAAGCUGGCUCCACCUCUUGUCACACUGCUGUCAGCUGAGCCAGAGCUGCAGUACGUGGCCCUGCGUAACAUUAAUCUCAUCGUGCAGAAAAGGCCUGAGAUCCUGAAGCAUGAGAUGAAGGUGUUCUUUGUGAAGUACAAUGAUCCCAUCUAUGUGAAGCUGGAGAAGCUAGACAUCAUGAUCCGCCUGGCUUCCCAGGCCAACAUUGCCCAGGUGUUGGCAGAGCUGAAAGAGUAUGCAACAGAAGUGGAUGUGGAUUUUGUAAGGAAAGCUGUGCGUGCCAUUGGCCGCUGUGCCAUCAAGGUGGAGCAAUCUGCGGAACGCUGUGUGAGCACACUGCUCGAUCUCAUCCAGACCAAAGUCAACUAUGUGGUCCAGGAAGCCAUUGUGGUCAUUAAGGACAUUUUCCGCAAGUACCCCAACAAGUAUGAGAGUGUGAUUGCCACGCUAUGUGAGAACCUUGACUCUCUGGAUGAGCCUGAGGCCCGGGCUGCCAUGAUCUGGAUUGUGGGCGAGUAUGCCGAGCGGAUUGACAAUGCAGAUGAGCUGCUGGAGAGCUUCCUUGAGGGCUUCCAUGACGAAAGCACCCAGGUACAGCUGCAACUGCUGACAGCCAUCGUGAAGCUCUUUCUGAAGAAGCCAACAGAGACUCAGGAACUGGUGCAGCAGGUCCUCAGUUUGGCCACUCAGGACUCAGAUAACCCAGACCUGCGGGAUCGUGGCUACAUCUACUGGCGCCUGCUCUCCACGGACCCCGUGGCUGCUAAGGAGGUAGUGCUUGCCGAGAAGCCACUCAUCUCCGAAGAGACAGACCUCAUUGAGCCUACACUUCUGGAUGAGCUCAUCUGCUACAUCGGCACUCUGGCCUCCGUCUAUCAUAAGCCACCCAGCGCCUUUGUGGAGGGGGGCCGGGGUGUGGUGCACAAGAGCCUGCCACCCCGUACCGCCUCGAACGAGAGCACGGAGAGCCCCGAGACAGCCCCUGCUGGAGCCCCCAUGGGUGAACAACCAGAUGUCAUCCCCACCCAGGGUGACCUGUUGGGAGACCUCCUCAAUCUGGACCUUGGGCCCCCAGUCAGCGGCCCACCCCUGUCCACCUCCUCAGUGCAGAUAGGAGCUGUGGACCUUCUUGGAGGUGGCCUUGAUAGUCUGAUGGGGGAUGACCCUGAAGGGAUUGGGGACUCCAACUUUGGGGCACCCCCAGCAGCAGCACCUGCCAGAUUAGGAGCACCAAUUAGCAGUGGCUUGAGUGACCUCUUUGACCUGACGAGCGGCGUGGGUACCCUGUCAGGAUCCUAUGUGGCCCCCAAAGCAGUCUGGCUCCCAGCCAUGAAGGCCAAGGGCCUAGAGAUCUCAGGCACCUUCACGCGCCAGGUGGGCUCCAUCUCCAUGGACCUGCAGUUGACCAACAAGGCCCUGCAGGUCAUGACGGAUUUUGCCAUCCAGUUCAACCGCAACAGCUUUGGCCUGGCCCCCGCUGCCCCUCUCCAGGUGCAUGCACCACUCAGCCCCAACCAGACUGUGGAGAUCUCCCUGCCUCUUAACACAGUGGGCUCAGUCAUGAAGAUGGAUCCUCUCAACAACCUCCAGGUGGCUGUGAAGAACAACAUUGACAUCUUCUACUUCAGCACCUUGUACCCACUGCACAUUCUCUUCGUGGAAGAUGGGAAGAUGGACCGGCAGAUGUUCCUUGCCACAUGGAAAGAUAUUCCUAAUGAGAACGAAGCCCAGUUCCAGAUCAGAGACUGUCCCCUCAAUGCGGAGGCUGUGAGCAGCAGGCUGCAGAGUAGCAACAUCUUUACCAUUGCCAAGAGGAACGUAGAGGGCCAGGACAUGCUCUACCAGUCCCUGAAACUGACCAAUGGCAUCUGGGUUCUGGCAGAGCUGCGGAUCCAGCCAGGCAAUACCAGCUUCAUGGACUUGGAGCUGUCCCUGAAGUGUCGAGCACCAGAGGUGUCCCAGCACGUGUACCAGGCCUAUGAGACCGUCCUCAAGAACUGAGGCCCAUCCUGCGCCCUCCCAGCCUUCUCUCGGCCCCACUGAGGAGCCCUGGGGGUGGCAGCACCUUCCUCGAGGGAGGGGCUGGGUUCUGGCCACCCAGGGGACUCCUGGUCCUGACUGCAAGGGUCUCAGGACCAGGUGGCGCCCCUUCUGGGGUGAAAUCUCAAUCACACCAUGCUCCAGUUGCCCCUUUUUCAUUGCUGCUGAUGUGUGGGUCAGGUGAGGAGGGGACCAAAAGAAACAGAACCAGAGCAGCAGCAGAAGCUGGGUAGAAGUCCACAGGGUUCUCUGUCUUCUCCCUGUGCCUAGGGGUGAAUGUGGAGCUCUCUCGGGCUCCCAGCCCCACAACCCCUGCCCUGGCUCUGAUUGUUUCUAGAGCCUCCCCACUACCACCGUGAAUGGGAUGGGCCCUAGCAGCCUGUCUGGGCUGGGGAGGGUCUCUGGGUGCCAGGAGAGCUGCUUUGUUAGGGUUGGGACUCAAGGGCCACAGAUGUCAGAGGGGCGGAUCUGAGUCGGCAGGAGCAAGCGCCCACAUCCCACCCCUGAGGAUGGAUACGUUGUUUGGUGACUUCUCGGCCAGCCCAGGGCUGCUGGAGCAGAGACAGGGCUGAGGGAUGAGGUCCUGGCCAGGCUGUGUGCUACCUGUAUACGUGUCUGCGGGGUUUCUCCAGCAUCCCUCUCCCUAGCUCCCCAGUCUCAGUUGUGUCUGACAGCUUGUUAGGGUUUCCUGUCCCUGCUGUUUGAUAAUAAAGAGAUUCUGCUUUUGGCAGUCAGUGGAACCUUCUUUCCCUCCACAAAGGUCAGAAUCAAGAACUGCCUCCAAGUGGCCAGAGAUGUCAUCUGACCCCUGCAUUACCUAUAUCUAAUAUAUAAAUAGAAAAUAUAUAUUGUAUGUUUACUCUUAUUUUCAAAAA